AUGGAGCUGGAGGCGGUCGUAACGUUGUAUCGAGAUAUAAAUAGGCAAAGUUCCAAUGAAAAAUUGUCAUUCAUCGGUGUUCAAUCAACCAACAAUGUUCGGAAAAUGUUUCAGUUCGUAGUUCUCUUCGCCGCCGUUGCAGCCGCAAAGGCCGGACUCUUGGAAGGCGGUCUCCGAUACGCAGCGCCGGCUCCCAUCGGUUUGGCUGCCCCAGCUCCAAUCGCUUACGCCGCCCCAACUCCAAUCGCUUACGCCGCCCCAGCACCCGUCGCUCUCCCAGCACCUGCUCUUCCAGCAAUCUCCAGGAUUGAACACCUAGGACCCGCCGUGGUAUCAUCGUACAAGACCGACGUCGCCGUCGCUCCCCAACAGAGGACCUACGAAAUCCAACCGGCCACCGUCCACCACGCCCCGGUACUCGCCGCCCCAGCACCCGUCUACACCGCUGCCACUCCUUUGAUCGCCACAGCUCCUCUCAUCCGCGGCGACGGAUACUUUGGACACGGAUUGGGAUAUUCCGGCGCUCACUUCGGCGGAUCGCUUGGCUAUGCUACCGGUUACGCCGGCGCUCACUUCGGUGGAUCGCUUGGCUAUGCUACCGGUUACGCCGGCGGAUACCUCGGCAGAAUCGCCUCCCCGUACGGAUUCUCCAAGUACGGUCACUACUAA